CUAUAUAAGACGACCGAUGAGUGGUUGGGAUCAUAUCAGAAAAUCGUUCAGGUUGAGCAGCAAGACCGCGAAAAGCUUGGAAAGAACAUGCAGAGGAUAAUCGCUUUGGUGGCCAUCGUGGCAUGUGGACUAUCGUUCGUGGCAGCUCAGUCUUGUCAGACGUGUCUGGCGGAUAACGAUGUGUACUGCGUUAAUCAGAACAGUUAUCAGAAUUGCAUGAAAAAUGCUCCAGUUGGAGAAAUUGUCGAAUGUCCCGCGGGCACCGUUUGCUCCAAUUCUGACAGUGUUUGUGCGUAUAUCUCCGAUGUGAAUUCUACCGUAUUGGAUGUGUGUGGAGGCUCUGGUGGAAAUGGGGCACAGUGUGAAGUGUGUUCUUCAGGCGCCAAGUACGCCUGUGUCAGCAGCUCCCAGUAUGCCCGUUGCUCCUCCAGCGGUAAUGUGCUGACCACCAGUGUGUACAACUGCGACGCAGAUGAGAUUUGCAUCAUUGAUGCUCUGUCUACUUAUCAAACCGUCUGUGUACCGUCGUGUGCCUCCGAAUUUCUCGGAUUGGAUGCCACCUGCAGCAACAGUGUUUAUCAGCCCACCUCAACAACUACAGUGGCACCGACGACAACACCCAGUGCUGAGCAAAAACAGGAUUUAUGCAAUGAAGGCGAGCCUAGUAGCCAGCCUAUGUACUUCUUUACCAGGAUAACCGAUGACUCCACGUGCAACAGUUACCUGUACUGCCAAAAAUCUGGAACCACUUGGGUAGCCCUCUACAUGUCUUGUGCCUCUUCCACGCCCUUCUUCGACUCGACCACCAGCUCUUGUGUGGCAACCAGGCCGACCAGCUGCUCGGUGACAACCAGCACCACCACUACUACGACUCAGUCGCCUUCUGAUUCUUCAACGACUGCUUCUUCAACGACUGCUUCUUCAACGACUGCUUCUUCAACGAGUGCUUCUUCAACGGAUUCUUCUUCAACGCAAGCCCCUGCCGGAUCUUCGUCCACUUCGUCUUCUACGGAAUCACCUAACCAGUCCUCCUCAACAACUUCUACGACUGCUGCUCCGUAGGCCAAUGAUUCUACU